AGGAACACCAUUUUGAAGUAAAACAGGAGAUAUGGCAAGAGGGCAGGAAAGAGCUGAGGAAAUCCAGCGAGAAUUAUUCAGAGAUAUUUGCAAUGAAGUAACAGACCGGGAACUGGAUCUUAUAAAACAGGAACUUAAACAAAAAGCCUUUGGUGGAUUCAAAUCUGGGGAAAUUGAAAGGGAGCUGAAAACAACAAAUGAUAUUUUAGAAAAAUUAAAGAGAAAAGGUUUAAUCAAAAUUGGUGAUUAUGUAAUAUUACAUAAGCUUGCAGGAGCUAUAGAGUCACAGCCUCUAUUGGAUUAUGUAGCUAAAGCAGAGAACUCAUUGGUUGCAAUACAGUGGCCUGUGAAGCAGCCAAAGACCGAUCCCUCUCAAGAAAGCCCGAUGCUUGGAGCAGUUGGCUAUGGAGCAUAUGGUGGGCACCAUGCCCAGUUCCCAGUGCAAAAUACUCGUCCUCCACCCCCUUACCAUCAUUAUGAUGACCCUCAACCCUACCAGCCUACGAUGGGACCCCCUCAGCAUCAGGCUCCUCGUCGCCAGCAGCACCGUCAGUUCCAAGAUAGCCCCACGAGAACACCACAUCAGCAGCCUGGCGCACCUACCCAACAGAAUCCCUAUCAACAGGGUGGUGUAGCGCCCUCUCAGUUGGCCCAACCUAUAACCGAUCCCCACUAUUCACACCAAGAUGGUGGGAGUAGUACCCAUCCGCAGCCCGCUUUCCCACAGUACACUCCCUCGUCAGCCGAGAUGCAAUUAAGAUCAGGCUCAUCCUCAAGCCGAAGCCAUGAUGACGUAUUCUUGCCAGAACGACGGAAUAUUUCGUUUGAUAAUCGCACCGAGUAUGAGCCAGGACCUGGAUAUGUUCUCUUCAUCAACAACAUGUUCACCAGGCAACCAGAUUACCGCAGGGGUGCUGAAGUUGAUGAGAGGAAUGUUCGUAAUCUUUUUUCAAAUACCCUGAAGGGUUACUUCUUGCAGUAUAUUAAAGAUGUAACGUGUGAAGAGCUCAAGGGUUACUUGGAGUCCUUGAAGGACACCCUCUCAACGGGCAUCUACAAGAGCUUCAUCCUAAUUCUUGGAACACACGGUGAACCAAAGAUGGCUGACAGCAACAAGUCCAUGAAGGAUGCAGUUCUUAUGGCUGAUAAUAAAUGGAUGAUGGUGGAGGACAUUGUUAGCAGUUUCCAUGGCGACCAAAUACCUGCAAUGAAGGAUAAACCAAAGGUUUUCAUCAUCCAGUCUUGUCGUGGAAAGAAGUUUCAGAGAUCCGUGUCUUUGUCCGACAGUCCCGCCAUUGUGUCAGAUGCUUAUCCUCGGCAACAACCAGAAUACAUGACCCGGCCCAUCAACUCUGACAUUCUGAUUGCAUAUGCGACCUCAGAAGGAACCAAGGCAUGGCGGAACGAGGAUGAAGGGUCUUGGUUUGUGAAAGACCUAUGCGAUGUCAUCACCGAGUAUUGCCGGAAAGAGCACAUGCUAGACAUCCUUGUCCAUGUGAACAACAGGAUGGUAUGGCGAGAAGCGACCGAGAACCGCGGGAAACAGAUGCCGUGCUUUGUGUGCACAUUCACCAAGAAGUUCAUGCUUGCAUAUCCUAAUAAGUAAAGAUGAUGAUGAUGUUUGGGAUAGCUAGAGAACACGAGUCUGAUGAAUUUAGGGUAGGCGUUGAAUUUGUAUAUUUCUAGGGUACUCUUUCAGAAGGCACAUUUCUCUAUGACAGCACAAAUUUAAAAAAGAAAAGGUUACGACCAAUAUCCAAUGCCAAUGAGAUGGGCAUUUUUUUAAAGGCCAAUCACUAGAGAAUAGAAUGGCCUUGGCCGUGGAUUGAAGGAAGCCCGAUUAUAGCCCUAUUCACCUUCAUGGUGCCAUUGCAAGAUUAAAACCAUCUGAAAAAAAAUAAAAAUGAAACUUGAUUUCUUGGAAUUGGAAACUUAAGCUUCAUAUUGAGCAUGUAUGCCUUUCUGCAAUUAGCUUCAUGACAUAAUCAUCAACUGAGAAUAAUUCCAUUGGACCAAACGCACUAUCUGUACUGUCUCCCUUAGGGUUUAUUAUGCAUUGUUUCCAUUUCACAUCAGUCAGUCAACUGGUACCUCAUAUCAUUGGACCCAAGUUCAUUGAAUAUGGUCUUUGAUCAGUUUAUAAUGAAACUACAAAUAUUUUAAUUAAAACAAUGAUAGAUGCAACUUAUAAUGUAUCAAAUCCACUCUGCAAAGUGGAAUAGCCACACCUUGCCUGGCCUCACAUUAAUCAUUGGAUGUUUACUAGUGAUGCUGAAUUCUUUGAGAAAUAAAAAUGUGACCAGCCGCCCCAAAACCUCCAAAAUUCGGCAGCGAUGGUUCUUCAUAAUAGCAAAAAAUAGUAAAUUUGUCUUUAAAAAAAAUAAAAUAUGCUUUAUCUGAAGGAGCAUUUCUUCUUCUUUUUACAGUAAAAAAUUCAAGUUGUAAAAGAUACAACUUUUGCAAGAGUUUCUUUAAAACACAAGCUUUUUCAGACUGCUUGGAAGUUUCAUAGAGAUUGCACAGUGUGUCCAUCUCAUGCUUGAGUGAACCCCCAACUUCAAACCUUGAUUUCUCCUUAUUCUUUGAAUCUCUCUCUGAAUUAAUUCUACGUUCAUUCAAGUAUUUGAGUGGGUUAUUAUUGGUCAGUUUCGUAAAAUUAUAUAGUGCGUCCCACAAAAAACGAAACCGAGAUUUAUCGAUGAUUUAUCAUAACUUAAUCACAAAUAUACAAGUGACCUACCAUUGUAAAGCUUAGAAUCUCCUCUUUCAUCUGAAAUUACUAAGAUUAUUCCGCAUUCAUGCAUGAGUGAGCAAAAACAAUUUGAAGAAAGGAUACCAAAAACUCAUUUGGCGGGGGUAUCUGAAUUUCAAAAAGAAAUUCACAUUCCUAAAAGUUCAAUAUCUGCUCUUUUAUUUGAUACCUUAAUCACAGAAAAUGGUCAAGAAGUAAAAAAGUUCUGUUCCCUCGAAACAAUGCUUGUAUUUCCAUAAUUUCAUUAAAUAAACGUGUUUUCACCGGUUUCCCACAGAAGCUAUCGCAUGGUUAACAACAGACUUAAUGCAUGGCUGAUCAUCAACAAAACGAAUUGUCAAGUGACUCGGAACGCCAGCCUGUAAAACCUCUUCAUUUUAGGAAAUUAUUGAAAUUCAAGCUUUAUUUCAAAUGAGCAGAACUUUAUUAUUUCUUGACCAUUUUCUGUAAUUGAGGUAUCAAAUUAAAGAGCAGAUAUUGAAUUUUUUUUUAAAUGUGGUUUUCUUUUUUGAAACCUAGAUACAGCCCGCCAAGUGACUUUUUGGUAUCCCCUCUUCAAAUUGUUUUUGUUCACUCAUGCGUGAAUGAGAAAUAAUCAAAGUAAUUUCAGAUGAAAGAGGAGAUUCUAAGCUUUACAAUGGUAGGUCACUUGUCUAUUGUAUUUGUGAUUAAGUUAUGAUAAAUCUCGGUUUCGUUUUUUCUGGGACGCAUUGUAUAUCAUUUUAAAGCUAAGGAUGUGCUUUUUCAAACUAAAUAAAAUCUCAAAAUUCGUUUUGGGCAUCUUUUUUUUUUGGGGGGGGGGGGACUGGUCACAAAGUAUCUCAAGAUGCCUUCAUUGCCAAUAUCAUAGCCAUUGUCUGCAGUUAGGGAUCUCAUGACUUUAAGCCCAGUAAACAUGAUGUAAAAACAAAAUAGAAUGAAGAAUUUUCAUGAACCUUCUUAAACUAUACCUAAAUUAGUUUCGAAAAUAUUUAAUAGUUCCAUGGGAUGCAGUGGAAUUCACUAGGACAAGUUUCACUCAGAUGAUGGGUUGGUUUUUAUAAAAGCAG